CAACGGCUUGUGGAAAGUGGGGUCGCAGCGCCUCAACGAAAGUCGCGUUGCUCUACAUGUGGUCGAGUUGGGCAGUAUGUAUGCUACGACCUGCGAAGCCCCAGACACUGUGUGCCUCCACCGGAAAGUCGUUCUGGAGUGAGGGGCACGCAAGAAAAAUUCCAAAACAAAACGGGCAUACCGAAAACUGGGGGCAUGUGAGUUCGCCACGAGUUUCACAUCCGCCUGAUCACAGCAGUGCCGGAUCGACCCGUCUUGAAGGAAAACGAAGUGGGUCUUCCGUUCUUUUCAUCAGCACAAACGAGUCUCAUACUGCACGAACCGUAUCGAUAUGCGCGCGCCAUGGACGCCCCUAUCGCUUCAUCUGCGCAAAGUCCAUCAAUGGAUCAAAGCGCGACAGGAUCUGCCACAGAUGCCGCCGAAACAACCGCGAAAGAGCGAAAGAUAGACAAGUACAAGUUUCUAAAAGCGGUCCUCUCCAAACGGCCCCCCUCAGGCUGUCAAGAAGACGAAACACAUCGCCCUUUCGAUUCGACUGA